AAUCCAAGACAUAAGACGGCCCAUUACAAAACCUCCCUAAUUCACUUUCCCUCUCAUCAUCGUCUUCCAAAAUCAAAAUCAAAUCUAGGGUUUUAAACAAAGGGGUUUUGAAAAAUUCAAUCAAACAAUCCUCUGUUUAACAAUGGCGUUCUCGUUCACGCCGCAACAACAACAAACUACCUCACUCUUUCAGCCCCAACAACAGUCGCCGUUUCAACCGAGUGGCGGCACCCCUUUAUUUCAACCACAACAACAGCAACAACAACAACAGCAGCAGCUGUUGCAGCAACAGCAGCAGCAGCAACAAAGUCAACUUUUUCUUUUUACUAAUGAAAAGACUCCCGCUAAUUACGGCACUAAAUGGGCUGAUCUUCAUCCUGAUUCUCAGAAGUUUCUUCUUCAAAUUGAGGAGAGAAUACUGGAGUACAGAGAUGAAAGCCAACGGUUAGAUCAAUGUGGCAGACUCUACGAUUCUUCUGUCUCGAAUGACGGAUUCGAGCUUGAUGCAAGCCAUAUUGUUCAGGAACUUUGCGGAAUCAGCACAGCAAUGGACAGACAAAAAGUUCUGCUUCAAGACCUUACUGCUACCGUUAAAGAUAUGCUACGAAACACCGAAAUCGCUGUUCGUUCUUUCAUGAUGCUUCGGUCCAAGUUUCUUCACCAAAACAAAACAUCCGCUGCAACAACAUCACAGCCUGCAGGAGCUACAACAACAUUAACUACCACUUCUCAACCUACAACUUCAGCCGUAGUCCCCGUUUAUGAUUUCUAUAGUGGCAUGCCGCGAAAACCUUCUUUGUUUUUGCAACAAACAGUUGCGAGAUUUGAUAAGUAUCUCGCUGAAUGCCGCCAGUGGAUUGAGGAGUUGGAACAGUUACUUCUUCAAGAAGCUAACAAGAAUGCUAUGAAUUCGAACUCGUCGUUGUUGCAGUCUCUUCCGAAAGUUAUGUCAAAUGUCCAUGACUUCUUUGUUUAUGUGGCUGCAAAGGUGGAGAGCAUUCAUCAGUAUAUGGAGUCAAUGAAAACGGCAUACUUGGCUGACCAACGCGGCAGAGGGGACGGGAACGAUCCGUUUCUCGAGGCUGACCGGCGAGAAACCGCCAAACAAGUGGCUGCCGCUCGCAGGGUCCACCCGACUCUUCACCUGCCUUCUAAUUCACAGCCAUCAACUCAAGAUGCUGGUAGCUUGCUUGCCGCCAGCUCAGCAACACCUGCAACAUCCGCUGCUCCACCUGCAUCUGCCCCGGCUGCAACUGGUGGAUCUGGACUUUUUAGCACUCCGUUUUCUUCCACGUCAUCAUCUUCGAUAUUUUCAACUCCUGCCACCUCAGCUCCGUCAUUCCCUCUAUUUCAAUCAUCUGGUGCUUCUCCUCAGACUUCCAUUUUUGGGCCGUCCUCAAGUUCGACACCUUCUUUAUUCAACUCAACCCCUGCUGCUACUGGAAGUUCGUUAUUUUCAACACCGUUUACCACAAACCCUUCUACAGGUGCUUCAGCGUUUUCAACACCAUUUGGUACGGGGCCUGCAACAGGAUCAGGGGCAAGCUUUAAUACUUUAUCUAAAAAUAGAGGUACGAAAAGUCGCACAGGAAGGAGAUAGAAGUUACAUCACCGAGAAAUAACUCUAAUGAUGGAGGUGACUUGUUUGUUUGUAUAAAUUCUCAUUGGCUUCCAAGCAAUUUUAUUAGGUUAAACCUUCAAUUGUGGUCCAGAAGUGCAAAAUAUUGAGUAGACUUGGUUUCUUUUAUGUUUGUUUUUGAACAUAUGAGUUUAACGAUAGCUAAUAUCCAUGAACAUGUCUGCAGCUUAUGUCGACUGUUAUUUAAUUAUUGAGCUAAGUAUUUUUUUUUCAAA